UCCAGAAAAUGAACAACUAAGGAAUAAUGUUUCACUUCUGUUUGGUCUGUUUCGCAAGCGUUCACGGUAGUCUCGCGAUAUUGCGCCUCUAGGUGUAAAAAUUGUAUUAUGAUUGUGCGGGCUCUUUCUUUUAUAUCUUUGAAAUGUGGUGCCAUCAACCAAUCACAUUACCUGUUAUCCUCUUAUGUCCAAUAGACAAGCAACGUUCUUACAUUUUCGUCAGAGAGACCAGAAAGUUUUCCAAAUGGGUCUUGAAAGUACUAUGGUCUGUGUGGACAAUAGUGAGUAUAUGCGCAAUGGAGACUUCCUGCCCACCAGACUACAAGCCCAGCAAGAUGCCGUCAAUAUCGUCUGUCACUCCAAAACUCGGGCAAACCCAGAGAACAAUGUCGGCCUCAUCUCGAUGGCUAAGCUUGACUGCAGUAACUGUGAGGUUUUGACCACACUGACCCCGGAUGCGGGCCGCAUCCUGUCCAAACUGCACGCUAUCCAGCCCAAAGGCAAGAUCUGCUUCUGCACUGGCAUCCGGGUGGCCCAUCUGGCCCUAAAGCACAGACAAGGGAAGAACCACAAGAUGAGGAUCAUUGCCUUUAUAGGAAGCCCUGUGGAGGACAAUGACAAGGAUCUUGUAAAAAUGGCCAAGCGCUUGAAGAAAGAGAAGGUCAAUGUGGAUAUUAUAAAUUUUGGGGAAGCGGAGUUCAACACAGAGAAGCUGACCGCCUUCAUCAACACUCUGAACGGGAAGGAGGGGAUGGGCUCCCGCCUGGUGACUGUACCCCCAGGGCCCAGCCUGGCUGACGCCUUGCUCUCUUCCCCUAUCCUGGCUGGAGAGGGAGGCUCCAUGAUGGGCCUAGGCGCUAGCGACUUUGACUUUGGCGUGGACCCCAGCGCUGACCCCGAGCUUGCUCUGGCUCUGCGUGUAUCCAUGGAGGAGCAGAGACAGAGGCAGGAGGAGGAGGCUCGCCAGGUGGCUGUUGCUUCUGCAGCCAAUGUCACCACAGUGUACGAAUCUGAGGAGGCCCUGCUAAAGAUGUCGGUGAUUCAGCCUGAGACUGGUGGAGCUACAGUGCUGCCUGACUGCAGCAAUAUGACAGAGGAGGARCAGAUUGCAUACGCCAUGCAGAUUUCCCUGGCCGGAGAAGAGUAUGGAGAUGUGAUGGCUAUGGACACAGGUGCCCCCAUGGACACUGAGACUGCCAAGGAGGACGAUGACUAUGAUGUAAUGCAGGACCCAGAGUACCUCCAGAGCGUUCUGGAGAACUUGCCAGGCGUCGACCCUAACAAUGAGGCCAUCCGAAACGCCAUGGGCUCCCUGGCCUCCCAGACAGGCCCACCCAAGCCUAACAGCAAGAAGGACGAGGAGAAGAAGAAAUGAGGAAUGGGAACAGACAGACAGAUUGAUGACACCCAUGGGACUGCGWCCGAAAUGGCACCCUUUUCCCUAAAUAGUGCACUACUUUUGACAGCACACUGGUCUAAAGUAGUGCACUAUAAGGAAUAGGGUGCCAUUUCAGAUGAAACCAUGGACAACCAGACCAAGACAUGACACAUAUAGGGUAGUUGACACUGACAGACUAAUGCAAGGUUACAUACAGGAACACAGUUGGACGGACACUAAUGCAUGAUAUGACUUACUGAUGACGGACUGUCGACAAUAUCCACAAGAAACCCACAAGCACACACAAAUAGAUCAGACAACAGUAAGACCAAACUGGGAUUCCACCAGUCUUUACUGCCAUUCAAUUGGAUAUGAUCUUCUUAUCUGCAUAUCAUCUCAGUGUAAUAGACAUAAUUUCUGGUUUCUCACUGAUUUACCCUGUCUUAACUGACUUACUCGCUAACUGGCAUUAUAAGUGGCAUUUAAUGACAUGUCCCCAAGCUUGUAAACUAAACAGUAUCCAUCUUUMAUUUCUUUCUUUUUUUCUGUUGCAAUAAAAAAGAUGGAUGAAGCUUGUUUGUAUGAAUGUUUUCUUUUAUGACCCUCAACUCCAAAUAGCUAGAAUAGGAACGUUUUAAUAAGAGACCAUGUUUCCCAUGCCAAUAAAGCCCUUACAUUGA